UCUAAUGCCGUAAUAUGCUGCAGCUUUCGUGUGUGUAACCGGAUGUAAAAGCGAUACGGAGAUAGUCUAAUCCCCUGGUUAGAACAAGAUUAAAACGGUACUAUGUGUCCCCUUUAACAAAAACAUGUAACCAUGGUUAUUUGAGCAUUUCUUCCUGGACACCAGGUGCCUCUGUGCUGUAUAAAGCCUGAGCCGGACACCCGGCCUCAGCACACCGCCUGCAAGACACCUGAGAGAUGGCUGUCCAGGUCAGAAGAGUGACGUCCCCCUUGAUAUGGAGUCUGUUUCUGGGAGCCACAUCUACCAUUUGGCCCGUGGCUCCUGCAGAGGCCUUCCAGCUGCCGUCCUGCCAGCCGGUCAACCAGACGGUGUCUCUGGAGAAGGAGGGCUGUCCCAGGUGUCACCUGGUGGAGGCAACCAUCUGCAGCGGUCACUGCACCACCAAGGACCCCGUCAGUAAGAUACCGUUCAACAAAGUGUACCAGCGCGUGUGCACGUACUUGGACUUGCACUACAAGAAGUUUGAGCUCCCCGACUGUUCGCCCGGCGUGGACCCGGUCGUCAGCUACCCGGUGGCCCUGAGCUGCCGCUGCAGCCGCUGCUCCAUGGACACGUCCGACUGCACCUUCAGGAGCCUGCAGCCAAACUUCUGCAUGAACGACAUACCCUUCUACUACUAG